AUGAGUGAUUUAGGUUGUCUACAUAGGUUUGUUAAUAUACACGCAGAAAUUUUUGUACAAAGCUUUUAUGCAGUUAUAGAAAGUUCACAAAUUGAAUGUCUUGAAUGUCCAGUGGAAAAAACGAGCAAUGAUAAUUUUUUAUUAAAAAUAUAUUUUAACAAUAUAAUAAAUAGCAUAAGAACCUUUUUCCUCAUAAAUUGUUUCGGCACUGUGGGAUGUAUUCUUCAUAAUAAUAAAAUAGAAGAAAAGAAAAAAGUUAUAUUUUUAGGGAAAAAAGACACGUGCAAAAAUAUAUUAGAAAAUGAGAAUUCCAAUAUGAGUGAAUAUAUAAAAGAACAAACAAAACCUUAUGAGAAUGAUAAUAUAAAUGAUAAUGAAAAAGAUAGUUCAUCUCCUUAUUCUUAUGAUAUUAAUCAACAAGAGCACAGAAAUGCUUAUGUAAAAAAGAAUGAUACUCAAUUUUAUAAUUACCCACAAGACAAGGAUGUUCAUAAUAAAUUAUAUAACGAUGAAUAUAUGUUUUUAAAAAAAUGUGAAAGAGUACAUUCUCUUCGUAAAGAAUUGGAAAAUGCAACCUUAAAAUAUUCUACAAUACCAAGAUUUAAUGAAGAACUUUUAGGGUCUUUACACAAAAGGAAAACAUAA